AGAACUCAAAAGUUAAUUAAAAUUCAAAAUGAAUAUGAACACAGCUCUAAAAUUAGAAAGAACUUUGGCAGUAAUCAAGCCUCAUGCUUUUCAUCAUUAUUCAUCAAUUCUUCGUCAAAUUCUUCUUUCAGGAUUUCAAAUUCUUCAGGAGCGCUGUAUUAAAUUGAGUGCCGAGCAAGCAGAAAAUUUCUUCAAAUAUCAGAGGCAGAAUGAAAAGAAAAGCAGAGAGGAAAUCUCAAUGGAAAUCAUGGAAUUAAGUUCUAGUCCACUUAUUGCUCUCUGCUUGGCAAAGGAAAAUGCAAUAACAUCAUUGAUAGAUCUCAUGGGACCAGAAGAUUGUUCAGUAGCACGAGAUAAGGCGCCCACGAGCUUACGCGCAUUGUAUGGUGAUGACAAUGGUAAUGUAAUGAAAAAUGCCAUACACGGAUCAAAAUGUGCAAUUGAUGCUCAACAUGAAUUACAUUUCUUCUUCUCGAAUAUGCUUCCUGAAACCAUUUCUUGUGAUGUUGUUGCUAUUCAGGAUUAUCUGAGUCAGAAAAUUAUUCAUCCGUUAACUGAUGCAUUGUAUGAACUAUUGAAAAUCAAGCCAGUUGAACCAUUGGAAUGGAUUGCAAAAUAUAUACUUGAUCACAAUACUAAUCAACCAUUGAUGUAUUCUGGAUGUACAGAUAUUUUCAACCUGAUUGAUGAAUUACGAAUGGAUGAGCAGAAUCAAGCACAAUACGAAGAAAUGAAUUUGAAAAAAUUAAACUGUGGAUGCUCAACGGCAUCAACAAGCAGUUUAUCUUCGUCGUGAUUGAAUUUUAUUGUUUGUAAUCGAUUUCCUAGUAAAAUUUCCAGUUAAGUUCUGUUUAACAUUGUUUCUCACUUCCAGAUAGCAAAAAAUAAAUUGAAAAUUGGAAAAUAUUUGGCUCAAACAG